AAGAGCUACAUAUCCUGAUUUCCCUCGCCUUCGCCUUGCGCAAGCACACAUCUCUAUUCUCGGUUUCAGACAUACGCAUGCAGGGCAACCUACCAGUUAAGGCCGAACAAUAGCCUUGAAAGCUAUGUCACCUCCGACACAGCACGUCCUUCGCCUGCGUCGGACGGACGACAAGUCUGCGAAGCACAUGCUCGUUAAUAUCGCUAAGGAAGGACGAAAAGACCUAGACUUGAAGCUCAUUGGCACAGAUCAGUCCGAACUUUUCGUCGUCUCGUUCAAGGAAGCCGACACCAAGGCCUAUCAGGACCGCAAUUUCAAGGGUAAUCUCGAAGAAUGGAAGACCCUCCUUAUGUUCGCGUUGCUGCACCAUAAACCGGAGGGUCUGUUACCAGACUCCUUACAAGGUGUGGAGACGGUCGCCGCUAUCAGCAAGACCAAUGCAACAAUCACUAUUCGGAAGAAGGUUGGUGAAAUUACCCAGAGACUCGGAACCAUACCUCUGCAGAAGACGGACACGGAAGUUGACACUCUAGAAUGGGUUGAUGCUGCUGCUGCCGAGGCCGACGGUCUACGAUUGCAGCUAGAUGUUUUACGUGCUUCUGUAGAGUCACAGAGAGACUCUAUUGCCAAGUUGACCACGGAGCUGGACAUGCUAGUCAGAGCGAAGAAAGCACACGAGGACGAACUGCUAAGUAAAUUUGCCGCACUACUCAAUGCUAAGAAGUUGAAAAUUCGUGAUCAACAACGGCUAUUGAAGAGUGCCAAGAUCGAUUCAGAUGCCGCGAUAGACGUGAGUCGAUCGAAAUCAGCAAGUACUCCGAGAGAGGCAAGUUCCUCUCGAGGCGGAAAGCGAAAAGCCAAUGGAGCAUCACUGUCGCCCUUGACAGAUUCAGACGCAGCAGAUGAGGACGGUGCCACUGUCAACGGCUUCGACAAAGGCGAAGGCGAAGGCGAAGGCGAAGGCGCAUCAAGGCACGAUCGAGUCACACCCGAGCCGGACGAGCCCGAUGCUGCUGUCGAACCGGUCGAGGAUGAAGAGGAGCAUGCUGCCUCGCCUGAAGUACUUGCUGGUUCUGGAGCCUCACAUCGAGUUACCCAGGAGCAAACUCAGCGGCGUCAACCAAGCCAAGAAUCUGAUCCAAUGGAUGUGGAUGAGGCAGCACCGACCCGGCAGGCACCCACCAGGGAUAUGCCUCCAAAGACGAAAGAGAAAGAGCCUACGCCGCCCAAGGCCUCGAACAUUGGCGAUGACGAGGAUGAAACGGAUGACGAACUAUGACAGAUGACACUAUGGAGGUUCAGCAUAAGAGGUUUCGGCAUGGAGGAAGCUAUGUAUUGGGUUGAUAGGAAUCGGAUACAGCGGUCUGCAGACGUGAUGGUGUCGUCUCCAGCGCUGCCGUCCAGACUAGGUCGGACUUACUGCAGGGGCCGGGCGCAAGUCUCGAUCUGCGAAUGCGAUGGACCGUCUUGUGCAACCAAGUAAGACGGCACGGGCGGGGUGGGCCACGGAUAUUGACAUGAUGCGCUGUGUAUGCACGUGUAGAAUCUAAAUGAAGAUGA